AUGCAAUUUGUUUAUAUUGGAAGGUCCUUUUAGAAACUUCUACCGCCUAGAUUGUCAGGGCAAUUCUUAUUUCAAGUAGCCUUCUUACUUCUAGAACUAACGACGUCAGAGAAAACAUAUCAGUGACUCGGAAUUCAACUAAAUUCCUUCCAGAAGCAAAAUAUGAGUUCUUCAACGGACAAUGCAUCGUCUAUAGUUUUGUCUUCAGCUGAAGAUAUGCCCAGCAUCUACAAUGUAACUAUGGAGGACUCAAACUGGAUUAUGACAUCUGCGUUCAUAAUACUCACCAUGCAAACAGGUUUUGGAAUGUUGGAGUCCGGAUGUGUAUCAAUAAAGAAUGAAGUUAACAUAAUGAUGAAAAACAUUGUUGACAUUUUCUUGGGGGGAUUCACAUAUUGGUUGUUCGGAUAUGGACUCAGCUUCGGAUAUGAUGCCAAUUUAGGAAAUCCAUUUAUUGGUACAGGGCAGUUUGCUUUGGAUGUGGAACCUGGUGAUCCUUAUAUGGGGCCUAUAUUUACAGCAUUUCUAUUUCAACUAUCAUUUGCUACCACUGCAACAACGAUAGUAUCUGGAGCCAUGGCUGAGAGGUGUAACUUCAAAGCCUAUUGUCUGUUCUCAUUCUUCAACACAAUUGUCUACUGCAUACCCGCUGGCUGGGUAUGGGGUGACCAUGGAUUCCUCCGAUCUCUUGGCAUGGUGGAUAUAGCAGGCUCUGGUCCUGUCCAUUUGGUUGGAGGAGUUUCAGCAUUUGCAUCUGCAUCAAUGCUUGGUCCUCGCCUUGGACGCUAUAUGCAUGGAACUAAGCCGUUGCCACUGGGAACACCCGUUAAUUGCUGUAUGGGGCUGUUUGUUCUAUGGUGGGGUUGGCUGGCUUUCAACUCUGGAAGCACUUAUGGAGUGAGUGGUGCGAAGUGGCAGUUCGCAGCUAAAGCAGCCGUAAUGACAAUGCUGUCUUCUUUUGGUGGUGGCUUUUCUGCACUUAUCUACACACUUAUUGUGAAUAAAGGUUUUCCCAACAUCAUGGACUUGAUUAACGGCGUUCUGGGAUCUCUCGUUGCGGUCACUGCUGGCUGCUUUCUCUACCAAUCUUGGGAUGCCAUAUUUAUAGGGUGCGUUGGUGGACUGUUGGCCUGUGUGACUAUGCCUCUGAUUGACAAGUUGGGCAUUGAUGAUCCUGUAGGAGCCACUUCGGUUCAUGGGAUCGCUGGAUUUUGGGGUGUUAUUGCUGUUGGCCUUUUUGCAGGCAAUCCUCAACCGAUGGAUACUACUUCUGGAAGAAGAGGCAUAUUGAAUGGUGGCGAUUGGUACCUUUUGGGUGUUCAAUCAUUUGGAUGUCUUUGUCUCAUUCUGUGGAGUCUUAUAACAACAGUUUGUCUACUUUGGUUGAUCAACAAGGUGAUUGCAAUUAGGAUGGAGCCACAUGAGGAGUUAUUGGGUGCCGAUUUCGCCGAACAUAGGGUGCUGCACGCUGGGGUGGGAGUCAGCAGGGCCGUAUCCCAGCUUGACAGGUGCGGACAUCAAAUACGUUCCAACUCCAUUCAGGCGAUCGGAUCCAAUCCUGGACACGAGAACUUUCUGGAGAAAUACAUUGAAAAACGUUUGCGAAAGUUCAAUGUGAGAGACAUGCACGUGAGAGGGAAAGAAAUCGAUGAUCAAUUGAUGAAUAUGGGAACAACCAGGACUAGUCACUUGCAGGAUGCAAUAAGCUACAUUCAUGUGGACUCUCAGUUUAAUAGUUCUAGGAAGAAGUUCAAUAAGAGUGUAAAACCUGCAAAAUUGGCUUGGUUGAAUUGAUUUCAUUUCAAUUGUUAGUAAGCAUUCUUAUUAGAUUAAACAAGGAUAGCUAGAAUGAGCAAUAAUUAUAAAUUAAUAAUAAUUCAAAUUAUUUGCUCAUAAUUCUUAAGUAGGUAC